GCGCACACAUACACCGAGCACUUGACAAGUCCGGUGUACGGAGGGACAUCUCAGCACUGACAGCAGAGCAUUCUCCAGGAGGAUGCAGAGCACAGAACAGAGCGGGUGACCCGGAGAGAAGAGCUGGGUGGACGCCCUCCUACUCCUCCUCCUCUGUCCCCCCUCCGUGCUGUGUGUAUGUGUGUGCUGGAGGAGGCGGCUCUGCUGUCUAUGUGACCCGGACUCCCGAUGUUCACUGACCUUCGCACCCGAAUUGGGGAGAGGGAGCCCGCCGGGAGAGGGGACUACAGCCCGGAUCGGGGCAGCAUGGACGCUGCCGCUCACUUCAGAUUUUGUCGGAACCUCCUGGAACACACGGUGUCCACAGAGAACCUUAACCAUCGCUUCCGACGUGAUAUCGGUAACAGCCUGACCUGGCACGAUGGCCGGGGGCACAGGACAACUGGAGGCAGGGCAAUUAAACUCCUUAAACAGCCUGGAACAGAUGUAUCACAGGUAAGACCCAGCGAUCAAUACGGAAUUUAUCACACUAGCCCGUCCUUCAGCUGCCUCACAAAACCGGUCGUCCUCUGGACCCAGCAAGACGUGUGCAAGUGGCUGAAGAAGCAUUGCCCACACAACUAUCUCACCUAUGUCGAGGCCUUCUCCCACCACGCCAUCACAGGACGAGCCCUGCUGAGGCUGAAUGCAGAGAAAUUGCAGCGUAUGGGCAUUAUCCACGAGUCUCAGAGGCAGGAGGUCUUACAGCAGGUCCUCCAGCUGCAGGUACGAGAGGAGGUCCGCAAUCUGCAGCUGCUCAGUCAAGCUUCAUUUGGGAAUUUCUAACAGAGAUGACCCUGCCAAACACUGUGACCGAAUUAUUUGCGACUGCAAUCUCCCUGUGCCAAAAUGACUACUGUAACGCCAAGAACACUCCAUAAUUCCAUCUCUCCCGGAAAAAUGCAGAGGGGUCAGAAACCAUAACUGGAUCAGAUGGCGAAUAUAGAAGGGGUCACCAACACGCUGGAGGUCUU